AAUUCCAGCAUUGAUGUGAAGAGGGAAUGCAUCUUAAAAAGCACUUUGCGUCUACUUUAAUGAAAACCCAAACGACAUGAUCAGAGAAUAUGUGGACGUUGAUCUUGGAGCUGGACAAACCAUCGAGCAGAUGACCAUGGGAGUUUAUGCUGUCAGGCACGAAGGAGCAGACUCUACAGAGGCACCGGAAGAUGUGGGAAGGAUGCACUGUGCUGGAGGCUCUGAGUGAUGUGGCAAAAGGAUGUGCCCUCCUUCUAGGCUUAAUCUACAGUCUAAACCUGCAAUACCCAAAGGACCUAAAACACACCUUUGAAUUUUUUCAAAAAAUGUUGAUGGAGUUGGAUGGAAACAAGCUAUCAGCAAAAGUGCAAAUCCUCAAAAACAAAAUGCUUGAGUAAAGCAGCCCUCACUGAACUAGAGGAGACUGAAAUCUUUCCACAAAUUCUUCCGAGCCUUCUUUGUUUUUUAUCAGAAGGGACAGAAGAUGAACGACAACAUGUUCAAUUGAACUGUCACAAGAACUCUUGUGAGACCUUCCUCUCUACUCUUCGAUAUCUUUGGAACUUCACAGUUAAAAACUGCAUCUUAUUUCUGAUUUAAAUGGAAUUUCAUCUUUUGUUGAAAGAAGAAUAUACAAAAAUUUGAACAAAUGAACCAAAUUUUAACUGCAGUAAAUCGUAUCUGCUGUUUAGAGUUGUGUUGCAAGUUUGUCAAGAUAAUCUGAGUGCCUUUACUUGUAUCUAGUGAAUGUUUAAAUUGUGCCAUUGGGUAGCCUACUAAUGUUUUAAAGGCUUAAAACAUGUUCUUAGUUUUUUUCGAAUUAAAAAAAAUGUGACAGAGAUAAUUUUGUAAUGAUAUUUUUGAUGUAUGUUGGUUCCAUCACUAACUACUGUGUUUUAUUUUAAAUUUAUUUUUAAAUACUUCAAUUUUAAAAGCCACGUACCUCUACACAAGUCACUUAUUUCUUGUUAAAGAACAUUUUUACUUGGUGGACUCCUGUUCUAAUGUUAUUUCUGUAAGGUGAAUUGUUAAUUAUUUUAUUUGCAUUUUAUGCACUUUGAACCUUUAAACAAAGUUUUUCAGUUAUAAUUUUACAGUAAUUUUUAGUAAAGUCAUGUGAUGUACUAAAUUUAUUGGUACUGUUCUGCAUUUGAAAUUUGUUGCUGGUCCAUUUUAUAGAUUUAAGGUGCUAAUUAAUCUUACAAUUUUGGGGGUGGGAUUGAGUGAUGGCAAUAUUUAUACCUCAUAGUAUUUUAAUUAAAAAAAUGUACUGUUUUUUCAGUGUUGUAAAAUCAUUAACUUUGUAGUCAACUUUAUAGUUUAGGUCAUUGUGUUUAUCUGGAAGUUUUAAUAAAGUCAAGUUACUGAAGAA